AUGAAUAACAAUGUAUUGAUAAUUGGAUUCUUCUUAAACGAUCGGAACCACUGGACGAGCGGUGACUGCGGUUUACCGGCGAUACCGGAGUCCACAAAACUAAGCCUAUUUAAGAGCCGAUACGCCGAACAAUCAGUGAUCAGCUAUGAGUGCGAAGAGACCAAAGACCAGCUCAUCGAAGGUAAACACAGACAAUGCCUUAACCAUCGCUGGAACGGAUCACUUCCCCGAUGCGCCAAAGAAGUGGAAGCGGUUCUACUGAAGCGCAUAGAGAUCACCGAAAUGGGUGGCCGUCAGCCCCUGUAUCGGGAGAUGAAGUGGUCAGCAGUAGAGCCGCGACGGAUGGCCAGAAUUGUCAACAAUAACGCCAAAUACGACACCACAGACUGUCCGAAGACACGCUUCCUCUGGAGCGUGAAUCAGAGCCAGAGCUGGACUUUUCACGUCCUCCGCGGUUAUUAUUUCAACUACUUUUCGCUUCGCUUGAGAAGCGCCGGCGGAUCUCUUCGGCAACUCUACGACCAGAAUCGGCUGCAACUGUCGGCCACAAUGGAGGACAUCAUUAGCUCCAAGCGGUGUCUGUUGGAGCGGUUCCGGGCGCACGACACGGACCCGUUGGCCGAAGUGAUUAGCUUUGUGUGCGACAAAUCGGAGCGACAGAUGAUCGGCGCUCAGGAGGGCGUCGACGAGUCCAUCGAAAAGAUUGUGGUGAGGGCUGUGGUGGCGGUCGACGACCACGCGGUGAACAUCACCACCACUUUCUGCGACCUCCGGCUCUAUGUCUUGAGCGAGUCGUGCGGUUCGCCCGAAAAGCCGCUCAAUUCCGACCAUUUGGUGCGCGAGAAGACAUACACUGUGUUCACGUGUCGCGAGGGCUUCCAUCUGGUGGGUCACCAACGGGUCCGCUGCAGUCCCGACGGCCAAUGGCUCGACCCGUUCCCCCGCUGUCUGCCCAAUAAGACGUGUCCCAUACCGGCCAUCGAUAGGCCCGACCCCAACCUCUUUGUCCAAUACAAACAUUUUUAUGAUGUGAAUGGUUCCCAAUACGGGGUUCCCGACGAUCUGGCCAUCUAUUCUUGCGUUAAUACCACAACCAAUGCUACGACAAAGCAAGUGAUCGGUCCGAUCAGUCGUGUCUGCAGGGAUGGCAAGUGGACGGGUAGCCAACCGGGAGAGAUGUCUAACUCGCAAAAUGACCAUCGUGCUAAAUAUAUGAAUGCGAUGAGCGGCCUAGAAGUGGUGGAGCAUGAUGGUGUUAUUCAAAAGGUGUGUUGGCUGGAGUGGAUGCUCGCCAUAAAGACGGUUAGGGUUAGGCCGAGCGACGUGUUUGUGUGCGGGUAUCCCAAGUCGGGCAUCACUUGGCUCCAGGAGAUUGUGUGCCGUAUUGUGUCGGACGGAGUGGUGGGCAGAGACGGCCACCGCAUUGUAGACGACGUGAUGGCCACCAAAAAUAAUCAUUUGUCGUCGUUUGAGACGUUAGACAACCCGCGGAUUGUGUCCACACAUUUUGAAGCCAAAUAUUUGCCAUCAUUUGCGACAAUCGAUUGCAAAGUUAUAUACAUAGUCCGUAACCCAAAGGAUGUUUGCGUUUCUUACUAUCAUUUUCACAAAAUGUUGAAAGAGUACGGCUCGGGUGUGGAUUGGGAUGACUUCUGCCACCUUUUCCUCUCCGGUCAACUCUUAACCGGCGAUUGGUUGUCACACGUGAACGACUAUUGGCUCACUUACGGCACUCGCAAUCACCCGAACGUACUGUUCAUUGCGUACGAAGAGCUGUGCGCAGACCUGACGGCAAUGGUCGGCACAAUCGGCCGCUUUCUCGGCAAACAACUGACCGCCGAAACGGUGGCCAACAUUGCGGUCAAGUGUACGGCCGAUGCGAUGAGAGACUCAUUUAUUAAUCCGCCGGAGUUUCGCUCGAACUCACAAUUCAUACGUGAGGCCAAAGUCGGCGAUUGGAAGCGACACAUGACUGAACACAUGUCAGCCCUAUUUGACAAGAGAUACGGAGAUGGGUUGCGGGCCAUUGGGCUCCCGGUGUGCGAUCAUAUGGAGGGGGCGAUUGAAUAUAUGAGCAAAACCGGUCGUAUCAUUCAACGCAAUUAA